AUGGGUCAUUGUACAAGUAAGGAUCAGAAAGAAGGCAAACGCCUAAAUCGACGCAUUGAUGAACAGAUCAAGAAGGAUCAGUCAAUGUCGCUACGAAUCAUUAAGCUUCUAUUGCUAGGAGCUGGUGAAAGUGGAAAAAGCACAAUUUUAAAGCAAAUGCGAAUAUUGCACAAGGACGGUUUCUCACAACAAGAUCUGGAGAUGAUUCGUCCAGUAGUGUACUCUAAUUGUAUUCACUCAAUGCUUGCUAUAUUACGCGCAAUGUUUCAUCUGCAGAUUGAAUAUGCCGACAGUGAACGAGUGCGUGAUAGUCAGCUGGUAUUCGCAACAGUGCACGCGAACAAGGAAGAACUAACUGAGGAACUGGCGGCAGCUAUGCAACGGUUAUGGGCAGAUGAAGGCGUACGGGAAUGUUAUCAACGUAGUAACGAAUAUCAAAUAGACGACAGUGCUAAAUAUUUUCUGGAUAAUUUGCCUCGGCUUUCGUCACUGAAUUACAUUCCAAGUGAACAGGAUUUACUGCGGACACGAAUAAAAACGACGGGUAUUACUGAAGUGUUGUUCGAACUUAAAGGACUUACAUUUAGGGUUAUUGAUGUUGGUGGUCAGCGGUCGGAAAGGAAGAAAUGGAUCCAUUGUUUCGACAAUGUAAAUGCGAUUAUUUUCAUUAGUUCUCUGUCGGAAUAUGACCAAACACUAAGAGAGGAUAAUUGUACGAAUCGCAUGCAAGAAUCUCUUAAGCUUUUCGAUUCUAUAUGCAAUAGCCCCUGGUUUGCUGACAUUCACUUCAUCUUGUUCCUCAACAAAAAGGAUUUGUUUGCUGAGAAAAUCCAACGUAGCCCAUUGACCAUCUGUUUCCCAGAGUAUAAAGGUCAACAAAACCAAACAGAAUGCAUCAACUAUAUUCAGUGGAAAUUCGAACAACUAAACAGAUCGUCUCAACGAGAAAUCUACUGCCAUCAUACAUGUGCUACCGAUACCAACAACGUCCAAUUUGUAUUGGAUGCUUGUCUCGAUAUGAUUAUUGCAAAAAAUCUUAAAAGUAUGGGAUUAUGUUAA